AUGUCUAUGGUCUGUGGUCUCAAACCGGCCACGAGGUCUGUCUGGACCGAGUCGAAGUUUCCAGUGGACGCGUUGAGCGAGUUUGUAAGUAUGGCUGCGCGACAGCAGUGCGGGUUGAUAUCUGUAGCUAUGAAGAUUGCAUUUUUCAGUAUAUGUUGGUUGAGAAAGGUAGACACGAUUCCGGAGCCUGUACCGAGCUCGACGACGAGCGGGCAGUUGGUGGAUUCAAACACGGGUCGGUGGGACUCGAACAGGUCGAGCAGCAGAAACGAGUCCUCUGCGGGCUCGUAUAUUUUGGAAUAG